CUCCCAUGCCUAGACAGCUGCCUUGAAACUGUGCUCCCCAACCCAGGCGAAGCUAACACCCCUAGCCAAACCCUUACUCGCGACCCGCGGGAAGGCAGGCGGGCGGGAUCAUGGCCGGGAAGGUCCUAGCAGUCCUGCUGCCUCUGCUGCUCUGUUUGGCUGGCCUCGUGGGCCUCCUGCUGCUCUGCAUCCCCACCAGGGACGUCCGGGAGCCUCCCGCCUACAAGUAUGGCAUUGUCCUGGAUGCUGGCUCUUCCCACACAUCUCUGUUUGUCUACAAGUGGCCGGCUGACAAGGAGAAUGACACAGGCAUCGUGAGCCAGCAUAGCAUGUGUGAUGUACACGGUGGUGGUAUCUCCAGUUAUGCAGAAGAUCCCCCUGGGGCAGGUCGAAGCCUAGUAAGCUGUCUCAACCAAGCCAUGAAAGAUGUGCCCAAGGAGAGACACUCAGUCACUCCCCUCUACCUGGGUGCCACUGCAGGCAUGAGACUUCUGAACCUGACCAGUCCAGCUGCUUCGGACAGUGUCCUUUCAUCAGUGACGGAGACGUUAACCCAAUACCCCUUUGACUUUCGAGGGGCCCGGAUUCUGUCUGGCCAGGAUGAGGGAGUCUUUGGCUGGGUUACUGCCAACUAUCUCUUGGAGAAUUUCAUCAAGUAUGGCUGGGUAGGGGAGUGGAUCCGACCAAGGCAGGGGACAGUGGGGGCCAUGGACCUCGGUGGUGCAUCCACACAGAUCACGUUUGAGACAGCCAGCCAGGCUGAGGACCCGGCCAAUGAGGUCAAGCUGCAGCUCUACGGCCAGAGCUACAGAGUCUACACCCACAGCUUCCUGUGCUAUGGUAGAGACCAAGUCCUCCAGAGGUUGCUGGCUGGUGUGCUUCAGAGACGGAUUUCACACCCCUGCUGGCCCAUAGGCUAUUCAAGAAAAGUCCUCCUGAAGGAUGUAUACAUGUCACCUUGUACUUCAGCCCAGAGACCUCAGGACUAUGAUGUCAAUACCAAGGUGACCCUUUCUGGGACCGGUGAUCCUAUCCUCUGCCAGCAGCUUGUUUCUGAUCUUUUCAACUUCUCAUCCUGCCCUUUCUCCCAAUGUUCCUUCAAUGGCAUUUUCCAGCCUCCCGUGGCUGGGAACUUCAUUGCCUUCUCUGCAUUCUACUACACUGUGGACUUCCUUCAGAAGGUGAUGAAGCUGCCUGUGACCUCUCCAGGGGAGCUGGGGAUUGCAGUCAAGGCUUUGUGCAAUGAGUCAUGGGUAAAGCUACUGGAGCGAGCCCCUAGCCAGCAGGCCCGCCUGGCAGAUUACUGUGCCUGUGCCACCUUUGUAAACCAGCUCCUUCUUCAAGGCUACAGAUUUGAUGAACAUACCUUCCCCAGUAUUGCUUUCCAGAAGAAGGCUGGAGACACAUCUAUUGGCUGGGCUCUAGGUUACAUGCUGAACCUGACCAACAUGAUUCCACCUGACCAUCAGAAUUUCCGCAAGGGCACAGACUAUGGUUCUUGGGUAGUCUUAAUUCUGCUUUUCAUCAUGGUCAUCCUUGUUGCCUUGGCCAUGCUUUUUUGCUUUGCUCGCUCUUCCAAGUCACAGAGUGCCAUCUAAGUUAGGUGCCUGACUGGGAUGGGUCAGGCCCUGUCCUCUCUAUGGCUCCCAGCACUGCUGUCUCCUCCUAGUCUAGAAGCAGCAGGACUGUCUCCCCUCCUAGUGUAGGCCUUAUCAUAUAGGACAAUUCACUGCCUCUUCUGGAAUUGGGGGGGGGCACGUGUUUUAUGAAUGGAUUGUAAGGAAGGAAGAGACUAAAACAGAGGAAAAACAGGUAAUGGGAUUUCCCUUCCUCAGCUUGGGGAAGUCUGUUCUCAUUGAUUACUUCAUUGAGCAGGUUGUACUGCAUGAAAAGUAGAGCCUGGCGAGGUGAUGACAAUGAUUCUCACCAAAUCUAGGCUAAGGCCUGUAGAGAUGGAGAUCCCAGCAACAGAGAUGUCCCCCAAACUUUAGUCCACACAUCUAUCUGUGAGCCGAUAUUAGUACGGCCUGCCAAUGUUAUGGCCCAGGGGGCAACUUGACUUCCAAUAAGGCUUUGGGGAGGACACAACUAGAACCCAGAUUUGGUCAUUAGAAGCCCCACAUCUGAUAUAUGUGUCAUAGAGUGGCAGGGUCCUAGGCUUUAGCCCCAGUUCUCCAACUGAUACUCUGGCUUGGACUGGAGGCUCCUUCUGUCUCCCUCCUCCAUCUUUGUCUUAUUUGAGUCGGACCUUUUCCUUACUGUGGCUCCUGGCAUUUAGGGGUGAGGAUAUUGACUGAGCUACUCAGGUAACCCUACCCUAUGGGGUGAGGAUGGAGUCUGAUCUCUCCAUGGAGGGCAGCAGUCCUGUAUCAUGGAGAGGCAGAUAAGGCUUAACUAAUGGAGAGCCUUGGGGAUGGGAAGUAGAGAUUAGACUCAAGGGAAGGGAAAAAAAAUCCUGAAGAACACUGUCCUAAUUUCAAACUUCAGAAAUGUCCAGUAUGCAUAUGAUUCUCACUGUGGUGCUUGUGUAACUUGGUAGGGGGAGGGUGGGUGGAGGAGAGAGAUGGAGAAAGAGAGAGAUAUGCUGUCUGCAUCUCUCCAUGCCUGACCUGGGAGAGCCAUUGGCAUUCAUCACUUGUAUUAAAAAAGAAAAAAAAAGUUUGUAAUAAAAUGUAUCCUGGAUAAAUA